CAAUAAUGGCUUUAGAAAUGAAGUGGAGAAGUUCUCACAAUUAAGGUGGGGAAUGAGGACAGCUACGAAUGGGCACAUAAAUACACAGAAAGGCAGGUCUGUGUGCACACUGUGGGCUCCGGUGCUGAGACGACACAUCCCGCACAGAUCGCUUGGCUUGGACUAAAGAGCUACCUGCAGCAUGAAGGCAACAGGUGCUUUAGUGCUUCUCAGCCUGCUGCUGCUCUCUUUCUUCUCAGAUGUAGCAGGUCAAGACAUUGAAGAGAUUUGUAGAGAAUUUGUAAACAGAAGCGUGUACUGCACAAGGGAGUCCAACCCUCACUGCGGCACGGAUGGCAUCACGUACGGAAACAAAUGCGCCUUCUGCAAGGCAGUGCUGAGAAGUGGAGGGAAAAUAAGAUUGAAGCACCUGGGGAAAUGCUGAGUCCUCCCUGCCACCGAGCACCAGCAGCUGAGCCCCCAUCAGCAACGGCCGCAGACGCCUGCGCAUGG